AUGCUUAUCCAAGCUAGAUCACUCUUCGGCCUUAUUGGCCUCUUCCUUCUCCAGGUUACAUCAGCGCAGACGACGGCUUUUUCAGAUGCUUCCUUGAACUAUAUUGGUGUCGCGCUUGAUAUUGGCGCCGACGAUCAGGGGCAUACCACCACUUACUAUGUGACGAACAUCUCCGUUGUGGACAACACCGUACUCUAUGACAAUGGUGCAAUUGGUACUUCCUGUGAUUCGGCCUUCACCCCUGUGAUGGAUACCCUCUACGAAUCCUAUCCCGCCGGAGGAAAGAGCUGGCACGGAGUCGACUGUGUACCAGCAACCAUGACGGGGUUGGAUUACACCCCAGCAGGCGCUGUGGUAUAUCGGACCAUUGAUUCCAUGCCCGCGGGAGCUACCUCUACUGGCGGAUCUACCCACAAGUCCGGCGCAGGCUCCUCUGUUUCCGAAGCCUUGGCAGCCGGUUAUAUUUUUGGGCCCCUCGCGGGUCUUGUGGCUCUCGGAGCCUUGGCUAUUCUGUGA